AUAGUUAAGAUAGGUCAAUGUGUCCUUCCACACGUGUUGUCUGUGAUCUUACAGAAGCAGUAGUAACAGAGAGCUAGCUGGUUGUUGUCUGCUGUCAUUCUCUAACUUCUAUAUCUUUAAUAUAUCCUACAUACAGUCAUGUUAAAGUCAGUAGUCCGCGCGGUGGGAGCCGCAGUCCGCCUCUCCUCAGCCUCCACCUCCACAGCCCGAGCGCUCCCUCUCAGCUGCCCGAGUCUGUGCGCUCCCAGCUCGGCCACGACUCGGCCCUUCACCCGGUCUCUCUGGAUGCUGAAUAACAACGGAGCCUCGUCGGGGUACCGGCCCAAACUGUUCACCUCAAAAGCCCUGAACCCGUCGGUAUCGUGUGGAUGUGGAGGACUGCACACAGAAGGUGACAAAGCAUUUGGCAGUUUCCUGUCCGACGAACUCAAAGAGGAGCUGAAGAUCCAGAAAAGCAAAACCCUUCCUAAGAUGUCUGGAGGAUGGGAGCUGGAGAUGAACGGCACAGAAGCUAAACUCACGAGGAAUGUCGCUGGAGAAAAAAUUACUGUCACAUUCAACGUCAACAACAGCAUUCCUCCUAACUUCGAGGAAGAGGCAGAUCAGGGACAGCAAAAGGCACCCGAAGAAGAGCCAGAAAUUGUGUCAACGCCCAACUUUGUUGUUGAAGUAAUAAAACAGGCUUCAAAACAUUCCCUGGUGUUUGACUGCCAUUUCCCUGAAGACGAGGUGAGUCAUGGUGAAGGAGAAGAGGAGAGCGACAUCUUUGCCAUUCGUGAGGUCAGUUUCCAGCCGGAGGGAGACACGGAAUGGAAGGAGACCAGCUAUACGCUCAACACAGACUCUCUGGACUGGGCCCUGUACGACCACCUGAUGGACUUCUUGGCUGACCGGGGGGUUGACAACACCUUUGCUGACGAGCUGAUGGAGCUGAGCACCGCCGCCGAGCACCAAGAGUACAUUAAGUUCCUGGAAGAUCUCCAAGGCUUUGUCAAAUGUACCUAAUGUUAGAUAUAUAUAAGCCCAAUUUCACUUUUCUUCAAUACGCAUCCUGGCACAGUUGGAGGUAUGAUAAUCCAGUAAUGACUGAUUGAUACCUUUGGCACUGUAAAGAGACUGAUGAUUACUUCCUUUAGUGUCUGUGACAGUGAGCCAUGUUGACAGCAGUUGUCACAUUAGCACUCGGCUGCAAAUGUGUUCUUUAUUAAAAUGUGACUUUAUUUUUCUGUAAGUUAAAUAAGAUUAAAUUAAGUAUAUGAAGGUCAUAAAUAAUGCAGGUCAGAAGCCGUCUUUAUAAGAAAGGUCUCUACAUUUUAGAGUUCCUGUCUUAACUGCAGCGGCUUGAUAAGGUCCAGUUAGUAUUUGUGAAUGUCCAACUAUCCUAAAGCCAAUAAAGGGACAAUUUGUCAAGAAAAACAACACAAAAUGAAACAGUUUACAAAAUCACUCCUCACUUCAACCUACAGUAUGUGACAGCUUCUGGUUUUACAGCUGGAGUCUUACUUCUAGCUGGCUUGGCGAGGGAAUUCAUGUUAACUAAUAUUGAUUUGUCUCUGUCAGACCAUAAUAUGUAAAGUCUAAAUUUGAAUGGUCUUCAUAGAAUGAAAGAUCAGUGUUCAAUAAAAACAGUUUGAUAUUAA